AUGGGGCCGAUCCCGGUGGCUCCGGAGCUUCAGCCUGUGUCUCGGGACAGGCUUGCCUCACUCCUGGUACGGGAGUUCUCGACUCGGGACGGAGAGCAGAUCACCACCGAGUGUGGGAUCUGCCUUGAGGAGUACAGAGCUGGCGACCAGCUCUGGGAGCUACCGGCCUGCAGGCACGACUUCCACGUCGCCUGUCUCGGGGAGUGGUUCCGGUCGCAGUCCACGUGCCCUUACUGUCGACAGACCGUGUGA